CUUGUAUUCAUAAUUAUUAAAUCCUAUAAAAUUAUUAGAGAAGUUGGCGGUCCCUGGUAGUAUCUCCUAUAAUAGCUCUUUGAAGGCAUCCUUGUCUGUAACAUGGAAGGAUCCACAAAUUUCCAGCCUCAAUGUCUUGAAAGGUUUUGUUUGGUUUGGUCCAGACUUCAUUAUUGUUCAGAGCAGGGUCCAAAGAUUUCAGGCCUUCAUAUCAUUGGAGUGAGAAAAAUUUGGAAUAUUCAAUGGAAUAUUAGAAUAUCUAGCUCAGCUACAUUUGUUCCCAAUUAGAGUAUAAUUUUUCCAGUUAGUUGGGAACCCUGUGUUCGUAUCAUACAUGUUUCAAGUAUUUUACCUUCGAUCUGUCUUUAAUACCCAAUAGACCUAUUUUAUUUGAAAGUUUUGAGGCUAUUUAGUGAUUUAUCGCAUCUAGUCUCUCUUCUAACUUCCUAAAUUAUCUUAA